AUGGGUGGUGGUAUUCCUCAUUUAUUCAAUACCUUUAUUUUAUUUCUCUUAACAAUUUCCUCUUUUUGUUUUGGACGACAUAAACAUUUUCAUUCUCGAGUACCAAUAAUUGAUUUAAACGGAGCUGAAGAAUUAAUUGGAACAAUUCGAGAAGAUGAACAUUUAGUUAAUGUUUCUCCUCAAUUACGAAUAUUACAUGGAACUGGUCCAAUAUGUCGUUAUGAAUUAAAUUGGGCUGAUGAUUCUUUAACUGAGCCAAUUCCUUUUGAAGUUAAAAUACUUGAUGCUUCAGAAGGUUUAGCACAAAUUCGUCGUUUAAAUAUUCCUUCUUCUUCUUUUACUCCACUUGAUUGUGCUCAUCGUUCAGAUUAUUUGUUGAGGCUAGAGGCUGUUAAAUGUGGAGAUGAACCUCCAGCAAAGAGUGAAAUUACUAAAUUAAAAAUUAUUGUACAAGAUGUUAAUGACCAUUCCCCUGAAUUUGAUGCUCCUUGGUAUUCCUUUGAUGUAGAUGAAGGAAGGGAAGCACCUUUUGAGAUUGCUCGAUUAUUAGCUACUGAUUUAGAUUGUGGACAUCCUUAUGGAAAGAUUUGUCGUUAUGAACUAACAAAUACACUUUCGGACAAUCCAUUUCAUAUAGACGAUAGAGGAGUUCUUUCAGCUAUUCGUCCAUUAAAUCGUUCACAAGCACAAUCACAUAUUUUGACUGUUAUAGCUGAAGAUUGUGGAAUGCGUCGUUCAAAAUCAGUACUUGUAACAGUCAAUAUUCGUCCAAAAUGUGUUGAUUCUAUUAAUUCAAUAACAGCAAAAAUUCCAAUAAAUUUUGUUCAAGGAGAUAAUCCAAAAUAUUUACUUCCAGAUGCUGAAAUAAAUAUUUGUGAUAAUUUAAAUGAAAAAUGUCAGAUAGAAACUGAAUUAAAGAUUUUAUCAGAACAUUCAAAUUCUUUAAAUAAAGAAUUAUUUAAUGAAUGUGGAAUGGAUGAGGGAUUAAUUGAAUUAUUGUCUGAAGACAGUAAUUGGCCUGUUUUUAAAAAUAAAACAAAAAAAGAAGAAUCUUCAGAGGAAGAAGAUAAUGAGGAUGAGGAGGAGGAGGAUUUAAAUGAAAUUAAUGAAAAAGUAAAUGAAGACAAAAAUACUCUUUUUGAUGGAAAAAGAAGUAUUGAUAUUGUCGAAUCACGAUUACCACAAGCAAUUCCUGAAAGAUUUAGCCUUCUCUUUUCAAUGAAGGUAAAUCCUGGAACAGAAGAACAACAACGUUUAAAACAAAAUAUUCUUUGUGAAUCUGAUGCUAAUGGAUUAAAUAGACAUCAUUUUUCUGUUUAUUUACGUCAUUGCAAAUUGGAGCUUUUACUUCGGAGAGAACCCGAAGAUGCUAGUGCAGAAUUUCGAGCUGCUGAAUGGCGCUGGAAUGAUGAACGGAUUUGUGAUGGAAAUUGGCAUUCUUAUGGACUUUUGUUUAAUGAUUUGGAUAAUGUCCAAUUAGUUAUUGAUGGAAAAGUUUUUAAUUCAACACAAAGAAAUCCUGAAAUUCUUGAUGAUUGGCCUUUACAUCAAGUUAAAGAUAAGAAAACUCGUCUCGUUGUUGGCGCCUGCUGGCAUGGCCGUCAAAAACAAAUGGUUCAACACUUUAAUGGGCAUCUUGCAUCAAUGCGUAUUUGGAUUAAUCGUGUACAAAGCUUUGAGGCUGUCAAUUGUGUACAUGGAAAACAUGAAGGAUUAUUAAUUAAUGGAAAAAAUAUCCAGUCUUCUUCUCUUCAUUUACAAGCACAAUCACCAACAGAAAUGGAACAUCUUUUACGUUCUGUACAAUUUAAUAUUGACCAAUUAUUUUCUGGAAAUACAAGAAUUUCUCCUUCCACAAAUUCUGGCAAACGAAAAAUUGAAAUUUCUGGAACUUUAAAAUGUCCAAAUAAUUUAAAUAAACUUUUAAUUCCAAUAUAUUCUAUUAUUGAUGUUAGUAAAGGACAAUUUCAUCCACAAUUAAUUAUUACUGGUAAACAUAUAGUUUUUGCUGACAGGCAAAGUAUGAGAAAUGGAGCUGCUCUUUUACCUGAUGUUAAAAUUACUGUUACUGAAGGUAAUGCAGACAAAUCUUCCUUCCAUAAAUUAUCUUGGUGUCGAGUACAUAUGCGCCCUGCUCGUGAUAUGGAUUUGGAACUAUUUUCCUCUCCAACUCUUCUCUUAGAAAAAUUAGAAUUACAAUUUGUACAUGAUAAACAAGGAUUUGUUUUGAGAGGGGCUGAACACCCUUCUGCCUAUGCAGAAGUUUUGGAGCAUAUUAGAUAUUUUAAUUUACGUCCAGAAUCGUUCCCACAUCGCUCCUAUACUCUUCAGGCAAAUUUUUUUAUUAAUUUUAACAAAAAAUUCCUUUAUUCUAAUGUGUAUUUGGAAUGA